ACAUGUGGUCCUAAAAUAACUUAAACUAAGAAAUGAUAUGUAUUAACAUAAUUAUACAAAAUUAGAGAGACAGACCACCGCCUGAAUUCGCCCUAGAGACUUUUGUCUCUGGCACACCACCCUAGACGUCGUCGUCUCCGUCCGAUCUCCAUGGAUUCACACUGCAAGUUCUUCUCCACCGUCGCCUAUGUCCGAAACUCCCAUUGAGAAGCUAUGCUUCUCCUCGUUGGGACUCCACCUAGGAUGACCCGAAGCGUUUCUCGGAGAGGUGAAGCCUCUGCCUCUCCCACGCCUAGCUCGUUGCCUCUGGUGAUAACUCGUCGUUCCAAUGUCUCAGAGUCUGCUUGCGUUUCAGUGACAAAGAGCCCUCCUGUACUACCCUCGAAGCCAGAACCUCCAGAUCUGUUUCCGGUGGAACAGAUUGAACCGCUGUUUGAAACCUUCCCUCCGCCAGAUCCGCCGUUUAAAACUCCCUCUCCGCCAGAACCACCAGACCCUCCUCUUAAAGCUCCUUCUCCUAUGUGCCCUCCGGAACCUCCAGAUCCUCCAGACGUUUUAAAGGUUAAGAUAAUAACUAUUGCAGACCCUCCCGACCACGACCACUCUGGUGCACCGGAUCUGUUCUCCUUCACCCUCAAAAUUGCAGAGCCUCCUCAUGUUUCUGGGUUCAGUUCUACUAUAUCCUCUGGAGAAAGUCUCGUUUCCCUCUUUGCUCUUAGGAUUUGUUUUGAAAGAUACAGUCUUCGUGACCCCCUUGAUAGAGUCAAAAUUGGUUGGUUUCUGUUGCACUUCAAGUCUCACUGAACAAAAUUCAAGGUCUCAAUCUCCUCCAUUACCUCAGUAUGAUGGUUCUAGACGUGGUUUUACCCAUCCGUUACCUCAGUAUGAGGCUUUUAGGCUUUGGUUUAGCCUUCCCUUACCUCAGUGUGAGGUUCUCUUACCUCAGUAUGAGGUCCAUUUACCUCAGUAUGAGGUCGUAAUUCGAAAUCUACUCUUUUUGCGUUUAUUGCAAUAUAUCUGUAUAUUGGUUUUCUUAAUUAAUAUUUCAGGAAUAAGCUACAGAAAAUUAGAAGAUGAUUUCAUAAAACCCAAUCUUGGUUUUUAGCUUCUGAUUUGGUUGGCGGACUGUGGAGUUUCAUACAAUUUCACGCUCCAUCAAUGCUGAGGAUUUCCUCUCUAUAUUCAGGCUCAUCAAGAUGGUGUGUGGUCACCUCUGUAGCCAAAUUUGUUGCUGCCUUUCAUGCAUUUGAUGCUGCAGCUUGUUCGGGCAGUAGUUCACCGCGUGUGUCUUCUGAUUCCCAUGGCUUCAUCUCACUUUUUAGCAAUUUAGGUAUUUCUAUGUUAAGUUGCUUAUGUGCUAUGUAUGCGUCUAUCCAUUGUGUUUAUGUUUCCCGCAUAGCUUUUGAUGCAGCGGUUUAUCUGACCAGUAUGGUUGCUUUGUUGUACUUGAACAAUUUCUCCAUGAUUGGAGUUUAAGUUUUAUUUAUAAAAUUUGGUUUGAUAAAAAAAAAUACAAAAUUUAAACAAA